AUGGGUAAAUGGGAAAGGGAGGAAUUGUCUUUGAACCCUGAUGGAAGACACGGGGAGUCCACAGAGGAAAUUGGGUGGAGCAGACAGAAAACAACAGCAAGGGCCAGCAAAUACAUCAAGAGCAGGCAGCAAAGGCACAGGAAGAUAAGCCUGCACAGCAUAGAGAGACCGAUGGAAGCAAGAAGCAUGGCUGGAACAGAUGGGGUCUGCACUGCAACUGAGCAGGAGAGGGAGCCUGAGGCGUCAUGCUCUGGGGAGCCCUCCAUGCGUCGGAAAGUGAAGGCCAAAAAGAGUCGCUCCUCCCGGGCUGGGCUGCUCUUCCCUGUGAGCCGAAUAGAGAGGCAGCUGCGCAAAGGCCAGUUUGCUGAGCGCUUUGGAGCCAGUGCUCCUGUCUAUCUGGCUGCUGUGCUGCAGUGGGUGACGCACAAGACCAUGGACAUGGCUGGGAAGAUUUCCAAGAAGAGUAACCAACAGUGCAUCUCUCCAUCCCACUUGCAGAUGUCUUUGAAGAACAGCUCCGUACUCAAGCACCUUCUGGGAAGCGGACCUAAGCACAGUGGCAGGCCUGACCCAAAAAGCCAGCACGUGGCCUCACCCUCCAAAAUGAAGAAGACCAAGAGGAUGAAGAGAAGCCACAGAAGGCAACAGGCUGCACCUGCCCGUGCUGCUGUCACUGCCGAGUAAAAGCAGAAACUCCUGUCUGAUAUUGGCAUGGCAAGGGCUGUCUUGUUUGCCAAAUUACCCGCUAUGGUCUAACAGUUUGAAUAAAAGCCCUUGCACUACCA